GGCGGGCCUCACUGCGCAGGCGCCGGCCCCGGCCGCGCCCACUGCCUCGGCGCCCGGGGCGCGGGGCCUGCUGGGACUUGUAGUCUCCCCGGCGCGCCGCGCGGUGGCCGGGGCGGCACGCAGCAGCUGCGGGAGUCCCGAGGGCCGCCCGCAUGGAGCCCAACGCGCACUUCUGGAUGACCGAGCGCCAAUCUUUUUUCCAGAGAUUUGUUCAGUGGACAGAGUUAUUGGAUCCUACAAAUCUGUUCAUUUCGAUUAGCAAAAUAGAGAAGGCGAGGCAACUGUUGCUAACAAAUGAAGAUGGGUCCAUUCACGACUUGCAGGACAAAAGGAUCCAAGCAGCUUGGAACAGAAGUCUUGCAACAGUGCAUCCUGACAACAGCAAACUGAUCCCGGGUCCGUUCCGACCUGCAGCUCUGCUGCCGUUCACGGCGCCCAUGGUAUUUCUGUCGCUGGUGCAGGUGAAAAGCCUGAAGUCUAUCAUUUUGCCUCAGCUGUCUUUCUGCACCUACAGCACGGCGUUCAACCUCAUCAAUGGGAACAAGAGCUACCAUCGUGGCCUCUACGAGACUGUGUUACUAGCGACGGGAGUGAUUGCUUCUACAGCCUUUUUCGGAAUACUCCCUCGUUUGCUCCUAAUGAAGAACACGGUGAAAAACGUGUUCCUCCGGGAAACCCUGCCUGCCGCCAUCCUCACCCAGGUCAGUGCCCUGAGUGUGGCCACCUCCCGCAGCUUGGAGCCCCUGCGAGGGAUUGAGGUCAUGGACAAGGAGGGCAAUGUCAUCGGCUAUUCCCGGAGAGCCGGGACGAAGGCCGUCAGAGACACAACGAUAUCCAGAGUCGUGCUGUUCGGGACCUCGGCUUUUAUUCCUGAAGUCUUCUCGCAGUUUUUUAAAAAGACCCCGUUGUUCGUGCGAUACCCCCAGUCCUUGUGGACCCUGAAGCUGUCUUGUACCAUCUUGGUCAUGGGACUGAUGGUGCCGGUUUCCUUCAGCAUGUUCCCGCAGAUACAACGGAUCCAGUGCAGUAAGCUCGAACAGGAAAUUCAGUUUGCAACAGAAGAGACAGAACUGUUCUAUAACAGAGGGGUGUAGGGGUGCAUUCGCUGGAUUCUGCUCUGAAAACCUUCCUCUCAAGGUUUCAGUUUCCACCCCUGAGCCCGGUCUCUGGGAAAGCCCCGCGGUGUCUGCGCAGACAGGAUGGCUGCCAACCAUGUGUGCCAAGACCGAGUGGAGGCUGGUCAUGCCCGGGCUUCCGGCCUGGAUGGGAGAGGAGAUGCCUCCCCACGGGGACUGCCGAGGGGCUGGGUGAUGGCAGAUUCCGCUUUCUGUUUGUCAGCCUGCGAGAGGGCACUGGGAAAUUACUAAUAAACUGGUCUAAAGCUGA